AUGCGGGAUGGUGGAUGGUGGGUGGAUACAAAGGGCAUUUUGAUUCGGAUUGGGGAUAGAGCGGUGUUCUACCGAGGUAGUGAUGAAGAACUGGAUGAUUGGAAGUGGUUGGAAUCCCGCCCGAAGAAAUGGUUUGUCUUCGAGUCAUUUGCCAUUGGAAAAAGUGAGCAAGGUAGUAUACUACAGUCUGUCUUGUCUGAUUCAAAGCCAUGGCCGAGGGAGCAUGAGCAAAACACAACAAAAAAGAAACAGCGGCCAGCUCCUCUCGCACCAAAUAAUCAUAUCAGUCAUUCCUCCCAAAAGUACAAUAGAAACAAUGAUGAAAAAGAAAAAAAAAAGACUCAUGCCCGUCAAAAGGUGAUGUCACAUUCCGACGUCGAGGACAAUCCCAGCCGGUGA